CACUGACUCGCUUAUUAUACAACUUAGACAAAUAAAUGAAAAUCAUAUUUUUCUUCAUCACACGGUCUCUGCAACAAAAACUCCCGAGUGAAAGGGCAUAAUUUGGAUCAGAUCGAUGUUAGUAACAAUGCAUCAGUACUGGCCAAAGUGUGUAGUGGGGGCAUCACUUCUGUUUGUGCUGCCCAUCUGUCAGUGCGCCUCAGCCAACACCGACACCUUGGCUCCAGCAGAGGUCUGGCAAAACAAUGGCACUCUGUAUGCAGCCUGUAAAGUGAGACCAAGUUCCUCGCUGGCUGACGGUUUGCCCAAAGUCUACGGCCAAGUGCUCUUUAAACAGGAUUAUCCUCAUGGAAAGCUCAAAAUUCUUCUCCGGUUCCAUGGAUUACCCGUGGGGAGUGAGCCAGAGCCAAGAGCGGUGCACAUUCAUCAGUAUGGAGAUCUGCAACAGGGAUGCGAUUCCACCGGAGGUCACUAUAACCCUCAAGGUGUCAAUCACCCCAACCACCCCGGAGAUUUGGGACACUUUGUGCCCCAACAAGGCAAAAUCAAUGCCGCAUUAGAGUCUGACGCCACAUUAUUUGGCAGUCUGUCUGUGCUUGGAAGAGCAGUGGUGAUUCAUGAGCGGCGGGAUGACUUUGGCCUUGGGGGAGACGCUGGCAGUCUGCUCCAUGGAAAUGCAGGACGCAGGCUCGCCUGCUGCAUUGUUGGGAUUACCUCUGCCAAUCUCUGGAAUACAUACUCCAGGUCAAUCAAUAGGCGCCUGCGUAGAAUUUAACUCCACUCUUUGGCCUUCAUGUAUUAUAUUUUCAGCUACAUGCGCUUAAUCUGAUAAAUGAAGAAGUAGCUGACCAUGUAAAUCAUACAUUGUUGAAUAGGUCAACAUGCCUGUUGGACACAAAUUUAAUUUUCUUGCCACUGUGCUGAGAAAACAUGUGAAAAGUGGUUUAUUUUGAAGAAACACAGACACAAUUUACAAUACAUUUUACAUUUCAGUUCUUUCACCACAAACAAGGACCAGUGCUUGAAAUUGAAAUACAGAGUAGUGGCCUCUCCAUCCAAAAAGAUUUGGACCCCCUGUCUCAGAACUCUGAGGCAAAUGUGCUAACCACUCAUCCACAGUGCCAGCCGGGUCUACCUAACACAGACAUAUUCUUUAAAAGUAUACUCACAUUUUGUUUAGUGUUCACCAAUGAAUGCUUGUAACUGACAAAAUCUACAAUACAAAGUGCAGACAUUCCCUCCAAGUGGCGUCAAAUGACAAUAUUGUGAAUAAAAUACACAGCUGCUGCAA